AUGUUAAGCUCUGCCUGUGCUAAAAGUGAAAGACGACAUCAACUGAUAAACCAGUCUGUGUGUCAGACAUACGACUGGGAAGAGUUUGCUCUGACUCUGCAGCUUUGCCAAAGCGACCCGGGAGCAGCAACUUAUCUUUCUGCCUCGGCAAUGGCAGAAGCUGUUACAAGGCACUGGGUGGAAACUCCCAUACGCUAUCAAGAGCAGUUUGCUCUCCAAGAGCUGGAAGCACACAAACUGGACCACUCUUUAUACGCUUUGCCGGGCCCUUCUACAGCUGCCCUGAGCACCAGAAGGUGUAUUGUGGAAAGUACAGCUGGGGCUGGGAAGAGCAGCCAGGAGGAGGAAAACACACGCUUUCAGGUCUUGCUGGAUGUUGUGCAGUUCCGCCCCGAAGAUGUCAUUAUUCAGACUUUCGAAGGCUGGCUCCUGAUCAAAGCUCAGCACGGACCCAGGAUGGAUGAACACGGUUUUGUAUCCAGAAGCUUUACCAGGCAAUACAAAUUACCUAAUGGAGUGGAGAACAAAGACUUGUCUGCGCUUUUCUGCCAUGAUGGCAUUUUAGUUGUUGAAACGAAGAACCCAGUGGGAAAGAAUUAGAGUCUUGUCCAUAGUUUAUUGGUCUCUCCACAUCACGCUGUGCCCAGGUCUGU